AAAAUGGCGCUUAUGUUGAGCAGUUUACGAUAAACAUACGUUUGCAGUGUGUACUUUAUUGAUGUAAUUAUUUUAUUGUGAUUUACAGUAAAUUGUAUUAUUAGAAAGUGAUACCAUAUCGUGGACUAAUGAGUUUAUUGACCGAUGUCUGCCGUGGCUCCCAAUAUCCCCGGGGCUGACCCAGCAAAGGAUAUACAAAAGCGCCGUGCUGGCAGUAUUGGAUCCGAUGAAGACGACGCAAGUGGGGGGAAGUAUACAAGGAUGGAGGAGGACAAUAUUCAAGACAAAGAGAGGUUUGCAAGCCGGGAGAACCACUGUGAGAUCGAGCGGCGGCGAAGAAACAAGAUGACGGCGUACAUAACAGAGUUGUCGGACAUGGUGCCAACAUGCUCCGCGCUGGCCCGCAAGCCCGACAAGCUCACCAUACUGCGUAUGGCAGUAGCCCAUAUGAAAGCGUUGAGAGGCACAGGCAAUACUUCCACGGAUGGCACGUACAAACCAUCGUUUUUGACUGACCAAGAACUCAAGCAUUUAAUCCUUGAAGCGGCGGACGGAUUCCUGUUCGUUGUUAGUUGUGAUACUGGUCGCGUAAUAUACGUCAGCGACAGUAUAGCUCCAGUACUUAACUAUUCUCAGGGAGAAUGGUAUUCCUCGUCUUUUUAUGACCAUGUGCAUCCAGAGGAUACCGAAAAAGUUCGAGAGCAAUUGAGCACUCAAGAACCACAAAAUACAGGACGCAUUUUAGAUCUGAAAACUGGAACAGUGAAGAAAGAAGGACAUCAAUCGUCGAUGCGGCAGGUGAUGGGCUCACGGCGCGGCUUCAUCUGCCGCAUGCGCGUGGGCGGGUCGGCGGAGGGCGCGCACCUCGGCCGCCUGCGCGCGCGCAACUCGCUGGGGCCCUCGCACGACGGACACAACUACGCCGUCGUACACUGCACCGGCUACAUCAAGAACUGGCCGCCUACAGACUUGUUUCCAGGCAUGCAGAUGGACCGGCCGGUCGAGGACGAGCUGCACGCGUCUCACUGUUGCCUCGUCGCCAUCGGACGGCUACAGGUGACGUCGACGCCGAACGCGGCCGAGGGCAGCCUGUGCAGUGGCGGCGUGGAAUUUGUGUCGCGGCACGCCGUGGACGGGCGCUUCACGUUCGCGGACCAGCGCGCGGCGCAGGUGCUGGGCUACGCGCCCGCCGACCUGCUCGGCAAGCUGUGCUACGAGUUCUACCACCCGGAGGACCAGCAGCAUAUGCGAGACAACUUCGACCAAGUAUUAAAACUUAAAGGCCAGAUCAUAUCCCUGAUGUACCGGUUUCGUACCAAAUCCAGGGAUUGGAUUUGGCUAAGAACAUCAGCCUUCGCCUUUUUGAAUCCGUACAACGACGACGUUGAAUAUAUUGUCUGCACUAAUACACUAGCAAAUCGGUCGCUGGGCAGCGCGAGCGGCGAGGCGCCGCCGGAGGAGAACUACGACUACCACCUGCGGCACCGCGACGUGUACCAGGCGGCGCAGCCCGUGCUGCACCACCAACACCAUGCACCACCUGCGAUGGUUGCAGGGGGCAGCGUGGGCAUGGGCGCCGCGGGCACGCGCUCGCCGGGCGCGGCGCCGGCGGCGGCGGCGGGCGCGGGCUACGCGCCGCACUACGCGCCCGACUACUCGCCGCACCGCGUCGCCAACACGCCGCCCGUCACCACCUGGACCACGCUCCGACCCAGCGGCGGAGCCGGCGGCGAGAGCUACGCGUACAGCGGCGAAGCGCCGCCGGCCACGGGCGGCGCGGGCGCGGGCGCGGGCGCGGCGCCGGCCGACGGCUCGCCCGCGCGCUCGCCGCCCGCGCCCGCCUACCUGCCGCCCGCGCACUACCACCACAACCACCACCCGCACCCGCACCCCGCGCACGCAGGUAUGUGGUCGUGGCAGGGCGGCGGCGCGGGCGCGCCGGGCGCGGGCGAGACGGCGGCGCCGCACGAGCUGUCGGACAUGCUGCAGAUCCUCGACCAGAGCGGCGGCGCCGCCUUCGAGGACCUCAACAUCAACAUGUUCAACUCCAACUUCGAAUAGCGCCACGGUUCCCGAGGUUGCCGCCCCGCUUAGUCGCGCGACGCCGCCCCCGUUCCGACACCGGUCGACCGUAUUGCCGGUCGCGUUUCGACUAUGGAAUAAUUCGAAAGAUAUGUCCUAGCUUAAACUCGGCGGUUU